CGAGCCCCCACGACAAGCUUGAGGGGUUCGACCACCCGCCCUCGCAACUCACUUUCCCUCUCUCACCCGUCCGCCCGCCCACAUCCCUCCCCCUUCUCAUCAUCGUCGGCCGAGCCAGCUCUCGCCAUGGACGACUUCUCUCACCCUCCCCAGCACGCGACCGUGGGUGGCACCCGUCAGCGAAUCAUCACCUCGUGCCUCACGUGCCGUCGUCGCAAGGUCAAAUGCGACCACAAGUAUCCCGUCUGCUCGGCCUGUUCCCGCGGCAACCAUACCUGUUAUUACGCAAAUCUGCCCAACCAUCCGCUCGCGCGCGCGCCCUCUGCCGCGCAUCGCGUCACCAAGCAUAGCGCAGCCCAGGCCCGCGGCCCUUCCGGUCAUGCCGAGAUCAACGCCCGUCUCGAGCGGCUGGAAUCGCUGCUGGAAAGGGCGGUCCAGCAUCCCGCGCCCGCAGCCACCGCACAGCCAGCCGCUAGGGCCGACGGCAAGGAACGAGCCGCCAGCUCAGCUUCUCCCAAAAGCAAUGCCUCUGACCUCCAAGCUGCUGACGGCUUCGACGGAACGUUGCUAGUCGAGAACGGCCAAUCCCACUUUGUGUCCUCCCUGCACUGGGCGCUUCUGACGGACGAGCUGCAAGACAUCAAAGCCAUUUUGGGCCAUGAACGGGCGUCGGAAGACGUCGCGUAUGGCCGAGUGCCCACCUCCUCGUCUCUGUUGUUCAGCAGCGGCCAGGCCGUCGGGGAUCCGCUGACGUUUAUGCCCGACAAUCAACAUGCGUGCUACGAUCUGUUUGGCAUCUUUAUUCAGAACGUCGAUCCCGUCACUCGUCUGGUGCACGUACCAUCGCUUACCCGGCGCUUCCAUGCGUUUAUACGAAGAUGGGAAAGCUUAGCAUCUCCCGUCGGAUCGAGUCCCCACGACUCCUACGACGAAGAGCAAAUGCAGUCUUUUGAGCCACUGGCAUUUGGCAUAUUUUACUCGGCCAUCAACAGCUUGCGACCCGAAGUCGUCACAUCCCGGUUUCGAAAAGAAAAGCAAGCCUUGAUGAGGCAGUAUCAGCGGGGCAUCGAACUUGCCCUUGAACAAGCGGACUUUCUAACUACGUCGAGCGUUGAAGUCAUUCAAGCUUUUGUUCUGCUAUUGACCUGCCAAGCGCGGGAGGAUGAUAUGAGCCAGGUCUGGCCCCUCACUGGCGUGGCCAUCAGGAUAGCCAUGUUGCAAGGCUUGCACAGAGAACCCACGUUGUUUCCUGCCUCCUCCAUGGAUGAGGUUCAAGUAGAAAUCCGGCGCCGUAUCUGGCAUCAGAUCUGCCAUCUGGACUGGCGUGCUUCCGAGGGCAAGGGCAUGGAACCGGCCAUUUCCGACGAUGAUUUCACUACACUGCUUCCCAGAAAUAUCAACGAUUCAGACCUGGUUGAAGGUCGCCUUUCAUCCUCAGAAGUCGUGGAGGAAGAAGGUUUUACAGACAUGACUCUCCAGCUCUGCCGUCUCGGUAUGAUUAAGUGUUUUCGGAAAAUUGCCCAAAGCACAUAUCGUCUGGAUCGCCGGAUGAAAGCCAGUAAGUUACGUGACGGCGAACAGAUUGAUACCAUUACCGAGCUCCAAAAUCUCUUCUCUGAGACGAGUCAAACGAUAAACGACGCACAUGCCAAGAGCGCACAGUGCUACCUGAGGCAUUGCCGCCUUGAUAUCCCGAUACAGAGACUCACAAUUGGCCUUACCGCGAACCUCGAAUGGCGAUGUUGGCUCAUCUUCUGGUGUGGCGUGCCGAAAGAUCUGAGGCAAGUGGUGAUCGCGGAGGAUGUCAGAGCGAUGAUCUUUACUCGCUCGAUCUCGCUGAUCGAAUCUCUCAACUCCAUCUCUUCCGACAAAGAAGCGGAGCAUUUCCAGUGGCACAUUGGCGGCCAUGCAGCAUUUCAAGCCAUUAUGCAUGUGCUUUCCGAACUUCGUGACACCAAUUUUGUGGCAGCGAACGAUAUGCACCUCCGCUCUCGUGCCUUGCGAGCUCUUCACACAGUUUACCGCGUCAAAGGCCGUGCAGAAUCCAACACUUGGACCGUCAUCCGCCGUAUGAUAGAACGAUUGGAUCCUACGCACGAAUGCGCAAAGCCGCAUGGUAAAAGCGGUUUUAGUGAGAAGCGGUUUGGAGAGCACGAUCUGAGCGCCGAGUUUUUCGCAAAAAGCCCCAGUCCGCCGCUCUAUGCACAAAUGCCUGGACAAUAUCCUUCGCCAUCAAUGUCACAACAGGUCCCUGAACCAAUGCAGCAGCAUCAGCAACAGCCGCAGCAGAUGCCAGUAAAUGUCUCGACGGAUCCGCAGCCUGACCCGCUAGCAUAUGCCGAUGCUUUUUUGGAGACGACUGGAACGGGGCCUCUGCAGGAAACUUAUGCAGGAACGAUGCAAGGAGGAUAUGCUACAAACAUGGGAGCCGGGUUGCCAGGGCUCGGGCGGACGAAUGCGGGAGAAGAUGCAGGAUUCGCUCUGCAGGACAUGGCCAUGGACAUGGACUGGGUAAGUCGUCAGACGGUACGAAAUGCCGCAUCUACUUACUUCGAUUAUUUGUUCCCAGGGUUUUUGGAACUAUGAUCCUUUGCGAUUUGACUCUGGAUUUGGGCAGUAUGCCGCGCCGGGUCUAUGAAAUUAUACCGUGGACUGCUUUCGAUGUAUCGCUUCAGAUCUUCGCUCCAGGGCUUUGCUCUAGACCUCGCUUUGCGACCUCCGAGAAAGACACGGGAGCGGAUCUACCAUGUCCGAGCGCGCUGAGCUAACCCAAAGCCGGCUAGACA